UCUAAAAAAAAAAGUUGGAUAUAAAUCAAUUUUUUAAAGAAGAUUUCAUUGCUGUUGCAAGUAAAAUAAUACACGAUCGUUGUGUUUAAGGAGAAAGAAAAAAGAAAGAUUUAGAGUGCUGCUACAACAUAUCGGUAACAAGAGGAAGGAGUAGAAGAAAAUAAUAAGAAGAAGAAAACAAGAGAGAGCUCUUUGGCUCAUUGGUCUAUAGACUACGAAACUGGCGGAGUUUCAUCGAGUUUCGGACCAAUCCGAAGAUCUCAAAUCUCUAAAAAUACAUUUUGAAUUAGUAGGAGGAGAUGAAGGAGCACCUCCUUCUCUAAAUGAUCAGAAAGAUCCUUCGAAGUAUACAACUUAUCGCAUAUCGCAAGUGCGUAGCAAGUUUAACGGAUCCUAUUAUAAAGAUGUACGUUACAAUAAGGAAUGUCGAAGAAGAUAUAUUAAAAAGAAUGUGAAAAUAUCGAUGAGAAAAGUGAAUUAUCAAAGAAAAUAUAAAAUAUAAAAAGAUUGCUAAGUCUUUCGUUUAUCGAUUAAUCUUUCAUGUUAAAAUAUGUAUAAAGAUAGUGUUUGCAGUUUUUUACAAUAUUUCUAAAUCUAAUCAUUCGGAAAUCAGAAAUUUAUCGCAAACAUAUUUUAUAAAGAAUUAUCAAUUAGCGGAAAGGAAAAGAAAAAGAAGAGUUCGUUAUAAUGAAGAUAGAGAACAGUGCUCCGAAUCAAUUAAAUUCUGGAUUAGAGCAACGUUUGAGAAGUCCAAAAUGUGCGAGGUGUCGAAAUCAUGGUGUGAUUUCUGGAUUGAAGGGUCAUAAGAGAUCAUGUGCUUGGAAGGACUGUCGUUGUCCUUGUUGCUUACUCGUUGUUGAAAGACAAAGGGUAAUGGCAGCACAAGUAGCUCUACGUAGGCAACAACAAGCUCGUGAUAAUUGUUUCGUUGAUACUAAUUUCGUUGCUCCACACGGCCAAGUUUCGGCGGAUGUUUCUGGUAUUUCUAGAUUUAACGUUGCUAAUGACGUUGCAAAGUUGAACAAUAAAAGGACAUCGAGAAAUUUUCAACAGCAUCAAAUGCACUUCACUCGUACCAGCAUCAGCGUCAUGCAAGGAUUCUGCGGUCUCGGUAAUAAUCAUAACACCAUACCAGAAGUUUUUUCUUCGGACAAUCGUUUACUUCCUUCUUUGCCGGCCGUUUCUCAAGGUCAAAAACAGGAUCUUGAAUCCACCGUAAGAUUUCAAUCAUUUCGAACGGUAUACCCUACAAUUCCAUGGUUCAGUCGUCUUACAGAACCACAAAGACUACAGGACAAUUUUGAUGGCUUCAUUUCUACGGUAAAAGAUUUCCAAAGUAAAAGUUGCGUAGAUAAAAAGGCAGCGAUAUCUUUUAGCGUCGAGUCCAUUAUCGGCAGAAAGUAA